GGUACUAACUGGCAAUAUUAAAUAAAGAUGUCACCACGUCUCAAAAUAUCAAAAUAUGUUAUUGAGAGGUUGUCGAAUAUAGACACAAAUGAAACAACAGGAUGCUUAUACGGACUUAUGUACGACGGUACUUUGCUCGUGAUCGGGAUAAGUUUAGAAUUCUUUGAAAAUGAAAAGAAAACGUAUAAUCAAUUGCUUUUAACUCUACCAGCUGAAAUAGAGUUGUGUGGUGUUGUUAAAUUUAGUGAUACAUCUAGUGUUGAGUCUAAACCCAAGGAGAUACUGCAGGAUGUAGACAUUACAGAUAAUCCAUUAUUUAUCAUAAUUGGUAAGGAUAAAGUGAUGAGAGCACAUUUCUUAGUGCAUGAAAAGUUUGAAGAGACACAAUAUGAAGUGCUUGAAUCAGACGACCUAUGGAAACAGUUCCUUCAUGUGAGGUUAAAUACAAUAUUACCUCUCACAUGUGAAGCAACUAUCCCAGGUGUUAAGAAUAUUUUACAAAAUAAAAGAAAGAAGAUUGCUUCAGGUCAGGUAUCCUUUCAAAUUAAUGGCACCUCAGUAUAUUUGUUUGGAGUUGCUUCGGAUGUUGGAGUAACAGGUACUAGUACUGAAGCAAACAUAGGAGACCUUGUUGAUUCAAUGAGUCCAGAACAAUCAUCAAAGAAGAAAAAAUACAACAUUAAUAAUGUGGAGGUUCUGCCAGUCAGCCUAGUUAUGAAAGCGACAAAAGAUAUAUUAUCAGAUAAACUUGUCAAGACUGCUGUUAAAAUGAUGACUACUCAAAGGAAACCUGCCUUCUGUAUAAGUAUGCCACUAAGAAUUGACACAUUGGCUAUGAUUCACCGUAAUACAAAGGUCUCAGAGCUUUACAAUGUACUUGUCGAGGCUGCGUGUCGCUCACUUAAGUUAUUGGAAAGUGUUCUUAUUGAACAGCUGGGGCAAGAAGGUAUAGGUGAUGGUGCUGGUCUGCGACUGCCCGAAACUUAUCAUUAUCUUCCGCCAGAGAUUGGACAUUUCAUUACAAGAGUAAUGCCAAAAGGGAUACCCGAUGAAAGUAUGGAAAAAGAGAGAAACCUCCUGCACGAGCAGUUAGCUCUGCCACAGGACAGACCGAUAUUCCGGAGGGGAAAUGCAUAUAUCUUCCAUAGUUCGAAACUAAUAAAUCCGCACGAAGCUAUACUGCAACAAAUCAAGUCUAAUGUGAAAGUGGCUUUAGUUCGUGGAAGAUAUAUCUAUUACCAUUACAUGCAGGAUAACUUUAAUGAUGAUGGAUGGGGUUGUGCCUAUCGCUCUAUGCAAACUAUAUUCUCUUGGUUUAAGUAUCAAGGAUACAGUUCAAUAGAUGUACCCAGUCAUAAAGAAAUCCAACAGUGCCUUGUUAAAAUAGGUGACAAACCGUCUACAUUUGUAGGGUCUAAGCAAUGGAUAGGUUCCACAGAAGUUAUGUUUUGUCUGGAUACAUUAAUUGGUGUUCAAUCUAGGAUAUUGUUCGCAAACACAGGCGCAGAGUUACAGAGUUACACGCCGGAAUUAAUGCAUCAUUUUGUACAACACGGAAGCCCAAUAAUGAUUGGUGGUGGUGUUUUAGCUCACACCAUUAUAGGAGUUGAAUACAAUGAAGAGAAAAACGAAACCCGUUAUUUGAUCCUCGAUCCGCAUUACACGGGAGCUGAUGAUAUCCAAACAGUUAUUGGAAAGGGUUGGUGUGGUUGGAAGGGUGCAGAUUUUUGGAAUAAAACUGCCCAUUACAACCUCUGUCUUCCUCAAACUAAACAAACUGUGUGAAACAAACAUAUCGCUUAUCUAUCUUAACUUAACACUCGUUACGAAAUAUGAUGUAAAGGAAAGGGAAGAUGCGUAGUAAAUAUUAUGGAAAAGCAAAUGUUAUUAGUGACAGAGAUAGUUUUUUGUACGAACAGGAGCAACAAUUUGUUAAGGCAAAUCUGGCUUUUUAUAAGAAUAGUUCGCUAAAAUGUAUCUUGCUUAUUAAUAUACAAUAAUAUGCAAAAGUUUUGUGAUUGCAUUUAUGACACAACAAUUAAUCAUAUGAAUGGCGAUUUUCGAUCUGUGUAUGGAAAGGAAAACAUGAACAAAAUCAAAAAUAUUUAAUACUAUAUAUUAAAAUAAAUUCAUUGCAAAUUGAUCCGUAGAAUAAUUUCAAAAUCGUAUAUUAGACGUAAAUUACAGGAAUAAUAAACAUAAUUCCUUAGCAACGAUACUUUGAUAAGGCAUGUUAUUACGAAUGCAAUAAUUGUGAUAUAAAGAUAGUGUAAGCUUAAAGUAUUAAAGCUCAAUAAUUGUUGAACCUAGUUGAUAUCCGUUCUUAAAAAAUAUAAGUUCGACCAAUUGCGUUGCUUAUAUGACAUUAAAUAAAAU